AUGUCUGGAAUCCUGGGGAAGAUGCGGAAGCUUGGGAGCUCUGACCUGGAGGAUUCGGAAUCGAUGGACGACCACUUGGAAGGCGAGGAGUCCGGCGCAGGCACGCCCGGCAGCAACAGGUCGACCAAGCACAGCAUCUUCGCCAGGCGGGCGCGGUUCGGGAUUGGGGACGGAGACAAGGACGCGGCUCCCAUGGAUUCCUUCUACCAGAUGGACCACACUGUCUCCAGCCCCAUCCUCAAGUUCAGCCUCAGCUUGGAGCGAGGGAGGUGUGGCAACUACUCUCCCAAGCUUCUCCAUCGCGGGGCUCGCCGAGAAACCUCCAUGGGCGGGCGCCCCGAGAAAGCGUUCAGGAUCUACAACCGAAGGAGGCUCUUUGACGCGGUGGCCCAGGGGGAUCCGAGCGAGCUGGACGACCUGCUCACUUACCUCCUAGAGACCCUGAAAAACCUGACGGAUGAGGAGUUCAAAGAACCGGACACUGGGAAGACAUGCUUGUUGAAAGCCAUGCUGAACCUCCACAACGGCCGGAACGACACCAUCCCUCUCCUGCUGGAGAUUGCGGAGAAGACGGACAACCUGAAGGAGUUUGUGAAUGCCGAGUACACGGACAGUUACUACAAGGGCCAAACCGCGCUGCACAUCGCCAUCGAGAGACGAAACAUGUACCUUGUGGACCUCCUAGUCAGGAACGGCGCCGAUGUCAACGCGAAAGCUCAUGGGGAGUUCUUCCAGAAAAUCAGUGGCAGGCCCGGGUUUUAUUUUGGUGAGCUGCCGCUCUCUUUGGCUGCCUGCACGAACCAGCUCAACAUCGUGAAGUACCUUCUCAAUAACCCCUACCACCCAGCCGACAUUGCCGCCCAGGAUUCCAUGGGCAACACCGUCCUCCAUGCUUUGGUGGAGAUUGCCGACAACACGGAGGACAACACCAAGUUUGUUACCAAGAUGUACCACGACACCCUCAUCCUGGGUGCCAGGCUCAACCCCACCCUCAAGCUGGAAGAUAUCGCCAACCGAAGGGGGCUGACACCGCUGACCCUGGCGGCCAAGACUGGGAAGAUACAGGUCUUUGCGUAUAUCCUCAGACGGGAGAUCAAGGAGCCAGAGUGUCGCCACCUGUCCCGGAAGUUCACAGAAUGGGCUUAUGGGCCCGUUCACUCGUCACUCUACGACCUGUCCAGCAUUGACACCUGCGAGAGGAACUCGGUCCUGGAGAUCAUUGCUUACAGCAGUGAGACACCGAACCGUCACGAGAUGCUACUGGUGGAGCCUCUCAACCAGCUCCUGCAAGACAAGUGGGACCGAUUCGUCAAGCACCUCUUCUACUUCAACUUCUUCAUUUAUGCUGCCCACAUUGUCAUCCUCACCGUCGCCGCCUAUAACAGGCCAACGAAAAAGCACGGGGAGCCCCCAUUCGCCUUUAAUCACACAACCAACGAGUAUUUCCGAGUCACCGGGGAGAUCCUGAGUGUGUUGGGGGGUGCCUAUUUCUUCUUCAGAGGGAUCAAGUAUUUUAAGCAGAGACAGCCAUCCCUGAAAGCAAUCUUUACGAACAGCUACAGUGAACUUCUCUUCUUCAUCCACUCUGUCCUUAUCCUGGGCUCAGCGGUCCUGUACUUCAGCAAGCAAGAACUCUAUGUCAUCCUCAUGGUCUUUGCCUUGGCCCUGGGCUGGACCAACCUGCUCUAUUACACCCGUGGCUUCCAGCAGAUGGGGAUUUACUCAGUCAUGCUGGAGAAGAUGAUGCUGAGAGACCUGUGCCGUUUCAUCGUGGUCUUCCUCCUUUUCCAUUUGGGCUUUUCGACAGCUGUCGUGACCCUCAUUGAGGACGACGAUGAGCUGCUGGCACAGAACCAAACUCACAGUUCCUGUCAAGCAAAGUGCCGCCCUUCCUACAACAACUUCUACUCCACCUGCCUAGAACUUUUCAAGUUCACGAUUGGGAUGGGAGAUUUGGAGUUCACAGACAGUUACCACUUUAGGUCGGUCUUCAUCAUCCUGCUGGUGACUUACGUCAUAGUCACGUACAUCCUCCUCCUCAACAUGCUCAUCGCCCUGAUGGGAGAAACAGUCAACAAGAUUUCUCAGGAGAGCAAAAGUAUUUGGAAGCUCCAGAGAGCCAUCACCAUCUUGAACAUCGAGAACAGCUAUUGGAACUGCAUUGUCAACUCCUUCCGAUCUGGGAAGCAAGUUAUGGUGGGGACUACUCCAGACGGGAAAAACGAUUACCGUUGGUGCUUUAGGGUGGAUGAGGUCAACUGGUCCACAUGGAACACCAAUCUGGGCAUCAUCAACGAAGACCCUGGUGGAUACAGUGAGGAGCUGAAACGGAACCUGAGCUUUUCUUUCAAGUAUGGGAGAGUUUCAGGGAAAAACUGGAAGACCUUGGUCCCAAUCCGGAGAGAUGGGAAACGAGAAGGGUCGCUCAAGCCCAUUUCGGAAGACGGCGCGGAUUCAGAAGAGCAAGGCCCCCGGAAGAAAUCUCUCCCCAACCCUGUCUUGUGAUUUGGGGAAGCUGCUGAAUCGGUGGAAGAAUCUUCCCCCAAACCUUCUGUUAAGAUGUGGCAAAAAAAUUGUGUGUGUGUGUGAGAGAGAGUGCUGUUAAACAAGCAUCCAACAGG